AUGGAACCCUUAAAUCUCGAAACCGCACAAUCCGUUUUCUUAGACACUGCCACCAUUGUCACUUCUUCUCUAUCGGAAACAUCAUUGGCACCUCAAGUAACAGCCAAGCGCUCGAGACCUUGUCAUAAAGGAAUGAAGCAUGCAAUGAACCACGACAUGAGCCAUAGCUCACAUACUAUGAAGACGAAUAUGGAACAUGAUAUGCCUGGGAUGAAGAUGUGUAAAAUGUCGAUGACUUUAAACAGUGACUACGAGAAUCUAUGUAUAUUGUCCGACAAGUUGAUCAUCACCACAAAAACAGAGUUACUGUUAGCAAUGGUUGGAAUAUGUCUCUUUACACUUGGUUACGAGUACUUUAAGGUUUUCGUUGAUAGAAUGCAAAAAAGGUACUCUCAUUUUCUAGAGUCGAAUAAUGUAACGGAAGGUGAAUUAAAAAAGUACAGGUUAAAGCACUCUUUACUCUACGGCAUCGGUGUAGGUUAUUCCUUCUUAAUUAUGUUAUUAUUUAUGACGUUCAAUACCUGGGUCAUGCUCUCUGUUUGUGUUGGUGCUGCAAUUGGUCAUUAUAUUGUACCACGCAAAGCCUCUACACUUUCAUUAAAUUGUCACUGA